CCCCCGCUCUGCCUUCUGCUCUCCCCGCCAAGCCGCCACCAGAGGCCGUGCACCCGCACUCCCUCGACCUCCCGCGCCGCGCCAUGCUGUCCCGCCUCGACGCAGCGUCGCUCCUAGCCCCCUCGCCGCCGCGGGGCAAGCCCCACCAUCGCGGCCGCUUCCUCUACCUCCUGUCCUCCACGCUCGCCGUCCUCGGCGCCUCCCUCGCGCUGCUCCUCUUCCUCGCGCUCCGCCGCGCCCCCGCGCACAACCCGUCCCCCAACUACGGCGCGCUCUUCCUCUCCCUCGGCUCCAACGACACCGCCGCCGCGCACCUCCGCUCGCUCACCCUCCACCCGCACGUCGCGGGGACCAGGGCCAACUCCCGCACCGCCCGCUACGUGCGCGACGCGCUCCCCUUCCCCGCCCACAUCGCGCCCUACUCCGUCCUCCUCUCCUACCCCGUCCACCGCUCCCUCUCCCUCUCAGCGCCGGGGCGCGGCGCCGGCGCCUCCACCUCCUUCGCCCUGAAGCAGGAGACCUAUCGUGGCGACCCCUACGCGGCCGCGUCGGCGGAGGCCAUCCCGACGUUCUACGCGUACGCGGCGUCCGGGUCCGUCUCCGCGGAGGCCGUGUACGCCAACUACGGCCGCGAGGAGGACUUCGCCUACCUCGCCUCCCGCGGCGUAGACGUCGCGGGCAAGGUGGCGCUCGCGCGGUACGGGAGGAUCCACUGCGAGGAAGUCGUGCACAACGCGCGCGCCGCGGGCGCCGCGGCCGCGGUGGUGUACACGGACCCGCUGCACUACGGCGGCGCCCCCGGGGAGGCGGCGUUCCCGGAGUCCCGGUGGCUGCCGCCCAGCGGCGUGCAGGUGGGCAGCCUGUUCCUCGGCGCCGGCGACCCGACGACGCCGAUGUGGCCGUCGUCCGACGGCUGCGAGCGCCUCAGCGUGGAGGAGGCCAUGGGCACCGACGACAUGCCGCUCAUCCCGGCGCUGCCGGUGUCGGCGCGUGACGCGAUGGAGAUACACUCCGGGAUGGGCGGGGCCGUGGCGCCGGCGGGGUGGCAGGGCCGGGAGGACGGCCCCGUGUACCGCCUCGGCCCCGGGCCGGCGGUUCUGAACCUGACGUAUCUUGGGAAUGAUACAAUGGCAACGAUCGAGAAUGUCUUUGCCAUCAUCGAAGGCGCUGAAGAGCCGGAUAGGUAUGUCAUUCUGGGUAACCAUCGUGAUGCUUGGACGUUCGGAGCAUCUGACCCCAACAGCGGAACUGCAGCAAUGAUUGAGUUAGCUCAAAGGUUCUCGAUGCUGCAAAAGCAAGGAUGGAGACCUCGAAGAACCAUUAUCUUCUGUAGUUGGGAUGCAGAAGAGUACGGAUUGACAGGGUCGACUGAAUGGGUUGAAGAAAACCGGGAGAUGCUAUCUUCAAGAGCUGUUGCUUAUCUAAAUAUCGACGUUUCAGUCGUUGGUCCAGGAUUCCUGCCGUCUACAACUCCCCAACUUGACGAGUUGCUUCAGGAAAUAACUAAAGUGGUUCAAGAUCCUGACAAUUCAUCUCAGACUGUAUAUGAUUCAUGGAUCAAAUCGAAUGGUUCUCCCCGGGUUCUAAGACUAGGCGAUGGAGGAUCAGACUACUUAGCCUUUGUCCAACAUGCUGGUAUUCCUUCAAUGAAUAUAGUUUUCGGAGAAGGACCAGGAUAUCCGGUUUACCACUCCUUAUAUGAUGACUACGUGUGGAUGGCAAAAUUCGGAGAUCCUGGGUUCCGUAGGCAUGUUGCAGCUGCUAGCAUAUGGGGAAUGAUGGCUCUGAGGCUGGCCGAUGAUGAGAUCAUACCCUUCAAUUACAUGUCCUACGCAAUCGAGCUUCAGGCAUACACAAAGGUAUUGGAGAAUAAAGUUAAGGGAACAGAUGUUACUUGUUCCCCACUGUACAACUCAAUCAGAGCUCUCAAAACAGCAGCUACCACAGUGAACAAUGAACAAAAGGAACUUCAAAAACAACUGUUGAGCAAGCAGCUGAACAAGGAUGCACUGAAAAUCCGACAGCUCAAUGACCGGCUCAUGCAGGCCGAGCGAGCAUUCACUAGCAGGGAGGGCAUCUUCAAACAAGAAUGGUGUAAGCAUCUGGUGUAUGGACCUUCAGACCAGAAUGACUGGGAUACUGCAGUUUAUCCCGGUAUAGCCAACGCCAUAGGCAGCGCUCGGAGCAGCAACACUUCAGAGUCCUGGAAGUCUGUACAACAUGAGAUUUACAGGGUGGCCAGGGCCGUGACACAGGCAUCUGCUGUACUGAGCGGCCGUCUAACAUGACAGAACUUUAAUCAUCUCUUAAAAAAGUUAUUGCUUCAACAGUUACAGUAUACAGGCCCAGGAUAAUCUCGUGCCGACGACUACUGAUCGUUCGGCUAGUUUGUUCCGGACGGAUACGAAAAGGAUAUAUUUUUGUAAUCGACUGCAACAGAUUUAUAAGGAAUUAAGUGGUAUGUUUAUAUUCUUUUGUUCACAACCUAAGCAAUUGUUCGAGAUGUUCAAUGUCUUGUUCGUAA